AAAACCGAGGAACGUCGCAAAUCACCAGAUGGAAUUGAUUGAGCGCAAUCUUUGGGAAGAUAUCCCGAGAUGCACGCAAUGCGGAAUCAAUCAGAGUGAGCUUAGCAACUGACUGCACAAGUGGCGCACAUUGCAAGAAUAAGACACCAGGUUCUGUUCGAGGUGGUCGUGCUGCAAUGUUAUUGACGUUGCCCAGGAGUCUUCCCCAGAUGGCUCGAGCACACCUUGUCGAUGCAGCCACCGGGCAACCGCAACGGUCGGCACAGGCACAACAGCUCGAGCCAAUCAGACAAGUCGUCCAAGAUUAACACACCUCACACUGCUCGACGAGCCAGACGGACAGGUACCGUACUUGACGUUUGUCAUUACUCGAUAUUUCCAUCUCGAAAACCAAUAUGCACAAAACUAAUCCCCCAAUAUUCCUGUACAAACCGAGAUAAAGAGAUGUCAAGUCUCAGAUGCAUGUGUCCCCGGCUCAUGAAGUACAUAGACAGAUGGAGGAUUCCCAGUAAACAAUCCCCAGCCUACUGUAGCAUUGCGUGGCUCUUGCAACAAUGUCGGCCCCGGAGUGUACAUAGAUAUGUUCUGUUUUGUCCAGCAUCUCCAAUGAACCCCACUACCAAAGUCCACUCGUGUAUGAUAGUAACGUUAGAACCGAAACAGAAGGCAAGGAAACCAAAAAGAAGGUUGGGUGUAUACGUAACUGUGAGGUAUCCACCCAAGCAAAAAAAAAAAAUGAAGGUGCGAAGACAAAGAAAGAAAAGGAUAGCAAACCAGAAAAGCGAGGACCAACCAAACCAACAAUCAAGACCGGCAUUGAGCCCUGCAGAUCCGAGUAAUCUAGACGGAGCCGAGUCCAGUCGAAAUCUGAGCCAAGCAAAGUUGAAAAGCCAGGCAAGCAGGUAGGCAGUCCCGCAGGACCAUAGAACAGCAAAAGCAAAAUAUGGACCUCCCAUAUUUACAGUUAUCCAACAAGGGACG